GCGAACUUCUCGGACCCUUGCUAUCAAUGAAUACAACAAGGUUGCAAUUUUGUAGCUCUCCCUCAUUGAGACUACCUAGCUUCAGUCCAUUACAAUACUAACUACCCUUCCCAAGCUUCUAACCACAAGUAUACUCUCCAUCAGAACUGCACAUCCCUUAAACCAGCGAUAAUUCCCCCCGGUCCCAACAAUGGCGCAUUCCAAGCGUAACACCUCCCUCCCACACUUCACCGCCUACGAACGCUCACUCCUUCGCUCCACCUGGGGAACCCAGCGCACCCGUCUUUCCCGAGAAUCAUUCCUCCCCUUCUCAUCAUGCCGACUAUGUCUUGUCCCCGCCCGCACCCCCGUUGUGGCCUGUGCUACGAACGGAGAUAUCUUCUGCCGCGAAUGCGCCGUGAACGAUCUCCUCGCCCAACGCAAGGAGAUCAAACGCUUAGAGCGAGAGCGGGAGUUGGCGGAGCGGGAUAAAGAGGAAGGUGAGGGCCGGUUAGCGGAGGAGGCGCGUGAGCGUGAAUUAAGAGAAUUCGAAAUGGUUAGCAUGGGCUUGGAGGAGCGGAAGAGGAAGCUCGAUAUAGAUAGGGAUAGGGGUGGUAGUUGGAGUGGGGGGGAUAGAAUUUCUAAUGGGGAGCUGGCGAGAAAGAGGAGGAAGGGGUUUGAGCUGGAUGAAAAGACCAUGAGGAGUAUUGCGCAGGAGGAGCGGGAGAAAAUUCGGAAGGAAAUUGAGAGAGAGCGGAGUGAAUCGUCAAAAUCCCAGCUUCCUUCAUUUUGGGUUCCUUCUCUUACUCCCUCCACCUCGAACGAUCUACACAGCGUCACGCCAGUUAAGCUGGCUCCCUUAUGUCCCGCCUCCACUCCUGACAACAAGCACAAUUACUCGUUGAAAAAUCUUAUUACUGUCAACUUCACCGAAGACAAAGAUAAGCAAUCCGGUGAAACGAUACGAAUAUGCCCAAGCUGCAAAAAGGUGCUAAGCAAUGGUGUGAAGUCCAUAUUAACAAAACCAUGUGGGCAUGUAAUAUGCAAACCAUGCGUGGACAAAUUCAUGACGCCACAUGAAAAUCCUGAUCCGCAUGCUACUGAUGCGAAGGACAAGGAAACGCAUGGCAGGAUACUUUGCUAUGUGUGCGAGACAGAUGUUACGGAGCGGAAGAGAAGCAAGGAGCCAAAGGAAGGAAAGAAGAAUAAAGACAAGGACAAGGUCCGUCCUGGCUUGGUCACGAUUAAUAGUGAAGGGACGGGAUUUGCUGGUGGAGGCGAGAACAUGGCGAAGAAGGCCGGCACGGCCUUCCAGUGCUAACAUAUAUUGCUCCUCUGCUUCUUUGAAGUUGGUUCUCAAUACGUAUUUAUACGUAUCCACAAGUUGUUGGCUGGUUGGUCGGAUAUAUGGAGAACGCAGCAUUUCUUGAUUUUUACAAUAACAUUCAUUCGUAUGUAUACAGCUCAAAAGCUGCAAGAAAUAACCCCGAAAAACGGAAUGCUCGAAAACCUUGGGAAAUAGCGCUCUAUAUUAAAUUCCGUCUCAUCGUACAAAUACCCUCUCUGAAUGAAAUCCCAGAAAUGGAAAAAAAGAGUUAUACAUUCACUCAAGGAGAGCGGAUCGCUUUAUUAUUGCUGUUCUUGGCAAAUUGCCUAACAAGGAUCUCACACUUAACCUCCUGGCACAGCUUUUUCCUCCGAUCCGCAGGAAGCUGCGAUGCAAACUCCAAACCACUAGCUCUCUCCACGGCUUCCAACGGGACCUCAAAUUCCGACAGACUUUUCUCAUUGGGAAUGCGAGCAUUGGGCAGGACGAAAGCACCCAAACUGACCAUUCCGCCCUGAGCCCCAUCCUCCGCAAAGAUAACCUUGUAAAAGUGGGUGGGCACCGCGACGUUUGGCGGGUUCCCGAUAACCUCAUAUGUAACCUUCCACUUCCCAUCGGCCGGAUCGCGCUUGGGUAGAUACAGGGGCCCCGUAACGAUUCGCACAGAAGGAUACUUCUUCGUCAGCCGACGGCAGAAAUCCUCGAAAUGCGACCAGUAGUCGCGAUUGAACCCCUCGCCGACCUGCGGGCACAUAUUCGCUAGGGAGAAGGUAGCGUCCAUGGCGUCCUGGCUCCACUUGGCAUCUGCGGCGGGCACUUGAUGGCCGCGGUCAUAGCCGGAGCGGAAGUAGUCGUUCAGACGGGCGCGGAAGGUUGGUGGGAUGGUCUCCUCUUCGUAGAAGGUGCUCUGUUUGCGGUCUGCGUUGUUUUGCGCGAGAGAUUCGGCGGUGAUGUGUUCGGCGACCCAGGAGGGAUUACGGGUUCGUCGGUCGAAGGCGCUGGCGAGUGGGAGGCUGGUUACUGCGUCUGAGACUGGGCCGGGGAACCCAUACUGGAAUAGGCCGGCCGGGUCGACUAGGGAUGUUGUAGCGCGGGACGGUGUGAGGACAGCGGCUUGAGGUUGUGGAGCUGGGAUUGUUGUGGUAGUGGUAGUGGUAGUGGUUGUUGUUGUCGGUGGUGGAAGACGAGUAUGGGAGCCUAACUGCUGCUGGCGGCUCUUGGAGGAGUAUAUGAAGGCAGUGAUACCAGCUCCGGUAGCUGCGCCAGCAGCUGCGAUGAUAGCGAAGGUCGCCUUGGACAUGAUGUGUGUUCUAUUCUUCCCCUGUCCAGCUGUGAGAUAUAAAUGAGUGACAAAAUGGAUAGCGAGAGCAGUUGCACAACAACCAAAAGCGAGUCAGCCUCCUCCUCAA